AUUUGUAUCGUCAAUAUAGAACAAGAGCAGGCAAUUGGAAGGUAAAUUAAGUUGUGUAUCGUGCGCACUUUUACGUUUAUUGUCAGUAUGAGAAGUAUCUGUUAGUUUUAGGUUGCACUUCGGUAUAUAAAGAUAGCAUGAUCGCUACCUGAAACUACUGCUACUAUAUCCGGAAUUACGGAGGUAUUGUCUAGUUCAAUGACAAUUACACAAAAGCUAUUCUUAUGCUAACCUUCCAGAUUAAUAUACUCGUCAUUUGGAAAGUCCCGCAUGUGUUAUACUUAGCAUUUAUGCAAUAACUUCUUGAUCGAUAUCCAGGAGUAAACCUGAAGCCGGCCCCAUUGUGGGUCACUUUCGUUCAUGUUUUGACCCCUUCCCGUUCGUUUCGUCAUCUUGGCUGAAUGUUGCACUCCCUGCCCAGACUGUUAAGAGCAGCUGAGCGUGUGAGGCGAGUAGGAGCCCAGGUCACUGCCAUGUCGCAGAGCAUUGAGAGUUGUGAUAACUCCCCCUGCUCUGAAGGGGGCGCCGCCACCGCUGCUAUAAUCAUCAUUGGGGAUGAAAUACUGAAGGGCCACACCCAGGACACGAACAGCGCCUUCCUUUGCCGGGCUCUGCGUCAGCUAGGCGUGUGUGUGCAGCGCAUCAUAGUGGUGCCGGACCAACAGGAGAUUAUCGCCAAGGAGGUGGCCGCCCUGUCCCCCCACUUCACCCACCUGAUCACCUCUGGGGGCAUCGGACCCACCCACGAUGACGUCACCUUCGAGGGGGUGGCGCUGGCCUUUGGCGAGCGCCUCCGACCCAACCCGGAGCUGACCCGGCUGGUGGAGGAGUUCUUCGGGACGGUUGGGCCAGACAGUGGCGCCAUGAAGCUGGCCAUGGUGCCAGAGAGCUCCAAUUUGAACUAUCCUCAGGACCCACAGACAGGGAAGCUGCUCCGCUACCCACUGGUCAGCGUGCGCAACGUCUACAUCUUCCCGGGGAUCCCCUCACUCUUGGAGCGUGCCUUCAAUGGCCUCCGGCACCUGUUUGCCAGCUCGCAGACCACGUUCCACACACGUGAGGUCUUCGUGGACGCCGACGAGACCCAGAUCGCACCGGUCUUGACCCAACUCCAGCUUGCUUGGGGCAAAAAGGUCUUCUUGGGCUCCUAUCCGGAUUGGCUGAGUAACUACCACCGCGUGCGCCUGGUUCUGGACUCAGAUAGCGGUACCAAAGUGGAGGCAGCAAGAAAGGAGCUACUGGAGGCCCUGCCCGAGGGGAGUGUGGUGCCGCUGGUGACCGACUCCGUGUCCCUGGCCACCACAGAGGUGUACGCACUAGCCAACAGUGGGACGCUGCUGGGCCAGAAGGUGACCUCAGCCUUGAAGGUGGUGGAGAUGGCGCUGGAGCGCUAUUCGCCGUCGGAGAUCUGCGUGGGCUUCAAUGGGGGGAAGGAUUGCACGGCCCUGCUGCACCUGUACUACGCGGCACUGCGGAGGAAGCACCCAGAGGGCAAGGACCGCGUCAAGGCGCUAUACAUCCGCAUCGUGCUUCCAUUCCCAGAGAUGGAGAGGUUCCUGCAGGACACCACGAAGAGAUACGACCUGGAGCUGAUAUCGGUGGAGGGCAGCAUCAGGGAGGCCCUGGGAGAGGUCCGCGAGAGCAAACCGGAGCUUCGUGCGGUUCUGAUGGGCACACGGCGAAGCGACCCCUAUUCCCACACACUGACUCCGCUAUGUCCAACCGACCCAGGCUGGCCCGACUACAUGCGGGUCAACCCCCUCCUGGACUGGACAUAUCAUGACAUCUGGCAGUUUCUGAGGACCCUCUUCGUGCCCUACUGCAUCCUGUACGACAAAGGCUACACCUCCCUGGGCAGCAUGAGCAACACAUCCAGGAACCCAGCGCUGCAUGUAGUCGACGAUAGGGGCGUGACGCGCUACCGGCCUGCCUACCAACUGGAGAACGCCGAAGAGGAACGCAAUUCCAGGGAGUGAUGGUUCGGCCAGGGCCUAGCGUGCAUCCUUGGGGCCCCACGGACCCAUAUACAUACGAAUGUUGCGAUGCAGGUGUGGCCCUGUAGGGGGUGCUGUUUUGCUGGAGUAAAAUAUAGAGAUGCCAUGGCUGAGUAAGAGAGUAACCCGCUCAGAUGACUCACUAUAACAGGACUGGUGCAAAUAUAGAGAUGCAUUUGUGCAUCUUCUGUUGUGAAGAUUAGCAUCAGCAACGGCUGAAGGACAGACCCAUUUGUUGUUUAUAUUGUAAAAAUAGUAAUAAUAGCAACAUUAUACAACUAAUUCCUGGUACGCUGGUGGAAGCGAGUGUGGUUUGGGUGUGCUGAGGACAGGCAUCGCCCCACGCUGCGGCAGGCGUGACUCACUGGCAGAUGUCCCUAAUGACGCUCCUGACACGGCCGGGGUCCUCACCGUGCCCCAGCUCUCGCCCCCUCUGUGCCUGCGUGCCCCCGUGGCUGAUCAUGUCAGCUGCCCAUGCUGGCAGUGGGGGCGGAUCAAGCGCCUUCCCCGAGGAGCAUCCGGCCUGCCCCCCCACCACCCAGCCAUGGUGCGGCGGGCCAAAGCAUGGCCUCUGACGUCAACGCUAGAAAAAAUAAAAUAAAAUCAGCCGCAUGUUAAGGAGA